AUGAGACAACGCCGCGUUGCGAUAUCCCCGGAGUCUGCUCAACGUGAUGGCACGAGCCAGGAUGGCACCCGGCACAUCAACUCGACGCAGCCUGCGGUGAAGAAGGAGCUCUCCUGGAAGGAGACUCCUGGGGGCGAGGGAGGGCCCAGCGACGCCACGACGGAGCCAGAUAUGCCGGUGCCUGACGAGUCGUGCCAGCACACGCACAGCAGCGGCAUGCGGGACGACGUUCCUCUUGAGGGCAACGACGCGUCGCCACCUCACUCCCACGAAUCGCUCUUACCGGAGUAUAACUUCGAAGCUGAGCACGGCCCGGAAGUCAUCAUUGAGGGCUGCCUCUGGAAGAAAAGGCCCAAGCUCUCCCGCACUACAAAGGUCUUCCGGCUCCUGCGGCGGGAGGCUCGGGCGCUGCUGUCCAGAGGCGAGGAGUGGCUGGCUGGUGGUGGCUCUCUCCACUUGGGUCGUGUUGGGAUCCUGGCGCGGGAGGUCAUGGCCCUCCUUGGGACAGCGGAAACACCGAAGCUGGAGGAUGUGCAGGCCGUCAGCGAGAAGUAUGCGGACGACGUGACCCAGGAGCCUGUCUGGGACAAGACCCCCGUGUGCCUGCGCAAAGGAGGCUUCCUCUCCUGGGUGCGGCCUAGCAGCGAGCGACCAACACUGCAGGAGCGCCACGAGGAGCGAUCGCCCACCGUCGACGCACAACGCCUUGGCGAGGUGGGGCCACUACGCGGAAGCAGCGUGGAGUACAUGGGUACGCAGAGGAGUCCGUCGUCACCUGGGGGAAGCGCCACUGAGAAUUGGCUCUUCAUGUUUCGCAUCUUUCCGACGCACAACCUCCGACGACAGCCGCUGACUUUUGCGGCGGAGAGCAUGGCCGAAGCCGACCGCUGGAUGGCAGAACUGCGGGCCGCCACGUCGCCUCCGCGCCCGCCGCCGCCGCCGUCGAGAAGGUGCGCCCGCCUCGUGGAGUUCUGGGAGGCUCGAGGGCCUCCGCCCGAGGAGGAGCCCCCGCCGGCGUCGCUGCAUCUCGAGGUUCUCCGCACCGCUGGCCUUGUGGCCUCGCCAGAGGCCGGGGACCCGACGCGGGGCAACGGCGGCAGCCUGCCCCAGGUCGAAGGUAGCCCGGCCCCCUUCGCGUCCGGGGCCGGGACUCACAACCUGUAUGUUUUGGGUCGCGUCCACAACCGGCACUUUCGCACGGCCACCAGAUAUGGCGUGGAUUGCAGCGGAGUCACUUUUUUCGGACACAGCUUCGAGCUCCCCCUCGUACUGGAGAACCCGGACGAGCACGUGGAGCUCAAGGUGUAUCAUGAACCUGAGUAUGACGACUCGGAGCCAGUUCUUCUAGGUGGCAUCUGCGUGCCUCUCUUCGCGUUUCGGAGGGGGAAGCGCGUUUGCCUACAGUUGCCCCUGAAGCAGGACGAUGCGACCCGCCGGGGGCUAGUUAAUGUCGCUUUUGGUCACUUGACCAUCGCGGUCUUCGUGGAUCAACCACUAGGCCACCUUUUUCUGCCGGUCGAGCCGCCCGUCGACACCACGCAGCCGCCUUUCGCGUCCAGGCCGUCGCAGGCCGGACUGAACUGGGAGGAUCUUGAGAAACAGAUCAGCCGGCUGGUCGAGCUCAUCCAGAUGGUCUUCGGUCGAUGGCAGAUGAACGUCAUCUACGUCAUCCAGUGGGAAUCCUUCUGGUACUCGGUUGGCUGGCUGCUGUUUCUGGAAGUCUGGUUUCUAGUCUUCUGGCGCUGGUCCUUGUCCAUUCUGAUCGCACUGCUCCUCAAGCGCACGCUCGACCUGCGCCCGAAGAAGGAAGACAAGGCGCCAGCGGGCUCCUCCGAUGUUGAGGUCUCCCCUCCGGGGGCCUUUCCCGCUGAGUCGAAUCGAGGGCCGGAUCAUGCAGCCAGGAAGUCCGGCACCUCUGCAAACACCCAGUGCGAUGCACCGGAUGUGGUCAUCUGGGAAGCAGAGCGGCGGUUUAUGUUCGGCGGCUUCAGCUGCGACUACCUCAUCGAAGGUUUCGAUGUGCCGCCGUUCAUGGACGCCUUCGGCAAAGAGUGCGGUUGGCCCCAGGCUUUCUUCUACCUCGGCGACCAGCGGUAUCGCUACCAGUGGGAGGUCGUGGUCAAUGCGGAGACGGACGAGAACGGCUGGCAGUAUGCAUUCGCUUUUACCUACGACGCGCAGUGGCGGCGAACGAUGGACACUGUUUCCACAUGGGUCCGGCGGAGGCAACAUCGCGGCCGCUGCCUGGGUUUGGCUCCGGAGGACUUUGUCCCCAAAGGUGAGGCCCACAAUGGGAGUCUGGGGAUAGGGUCGCCGGCGUUCGACGACAGCUCGCCUGAGCAGACGAAGGCACCAGUGGAGUCCAUGCUGACUGAGAACGAUCAGUUCAACCGCUACAUCGCGCUUUACCUGUCCAUCCGCAAUGAUGUCGACUACACGCUGAGCUUGCUGGAGAGGCACAAGAACCUCUUCACAUGGAAAGACCAUGACGUGACCGUGAUCAUGGUCGUACUACUGGCAGCGCUGCUGGUUCUCACUUUGCUGGUUCCCACCAGCGUCAUUUUCGCGUUCAUCAUCGCUUUCACCUUCUACAUUGGAAGCUCCAUGGGGCAGCGGAAGCGGCAGCACCGGGAAGACUUCCUGAAAGAGCUCAGUAAGCUCAGCUGCUCGAUCACGAGCAAGAACAUCGUGUUUAAAGGCGAUGAGCUGUGCAAAGCUCUGGAAGAGUCAGGCGUCACCCGUCUGACUCUGCGCGACUGGUGCAACGCCAACUUCAAGACCCAGUUCAACCUCAAGAGCUUCGACCAUUGCCGCACGUUGGCGGAGCUGGCGGACCUGGUGGUCGACUCCUCGCCACUGAUCGAGACGACUGUGAGGCGCUACCGUGCCUGGCAUUCAGAUGUCUAUGGCAACUUUCUCGACCACGUGCCCUCCGACAGCACGAACUACGACUCCACGUGCGUCUGCUAUGGCCUGGGCGACGAACCUCUGACCGAAGUGCCCGAGCAUCUUCCAGUGCAGGAGCCGAAGGUGAGCCCCGGGCCGAGCGCGGAGUCGGACAUGGAAGAGGAGACCGCGCCGGACGCGAAGGAUGUGAAGGAAGAGCCGACAGUGAGGGAGGACACCGAGGAGGAGAAGGAGGAUCCGGAAGUGAAAGAGGAUUCUGACAGCUGA